AUGGCGGCCAAGUUCUCAAGUCGAAAGUUGGAUUGCAAAGAUUUAUACGGUUAUCUUCGGACAUUGCCUCCAAAUAUCCUUGAUAAAUUGUAUAAUCACCCAGCAACAUGUCUCGCUGUCUUCAGGGAACUUCCAGAAUUAGCCAAACAUUGUGUGAUGAGAAUUCUAUUCGUAGAGCAAGCUGUCCCACAAGCUGUGGUUGCACACUGGGUGUCCAGCAAAUAUCACGAAGAACAUAAGCUAGCUAUGGCAGCCCUUACAGAUCUGAGGGUGUGGCAUGAGCAACCACUACCUGGAGGGAUGUUAGGAUUCAUUUUGAACCAGACAUUUCGUUCCAAUAUGAAGAUUGCAUUGCUCGGAGGAGGUGAACCAUGGACAGGUGGUGGGCCAUUACCCCCAGAUAAACAUGCCAAAGAUGCUCAAUUUCUGGAUAAUUAUGCACAAGAACGGUGGGAGUGUGUACUUUAUUAUAUGGUUGGCUCUUCUGAAUGUGUCAGUCGAGAUAUCAAGGGUGUCUUGCUUCAUGCUGGACUUAUGAAAGCUGAAAGUGAAGAAGCGACUCCAACAAUAACUCCUCUUGGAUUCCAGUUUUUACUGAUGGAAAGUUCUUCACAAGUUUGGUUCUUUAUGUUGCAAUACCUUGACACAUUAACGACACGAGGAAUGGAUCUUGUUGAGUCUUUAUCAUUUCUGUUUCAACUGAGCUUCUCCAUAUUUGGCAAGGAUUAUGCCACAGAAGGAAUGUCUGAGGCUCAGUUACGACUGUUACAGCAUCUACGAGAAUUUGGUUUAGUCUAUCAAAGAAAGAGAAAGUCGCAGAGAUAUUAUCCUACAAGGUUGGCAAUUAAUUUGGCUUCAGGAUUAUCACAGUUUAGCACAAUGGCAGCAGCAGCACAAAAAGGAUUUAUUGUUGUGGAAACAAAUUAUAGAUUAUAUGCAUAUACUAAUUCUCAACUUCAAAUUGCCCUGAUUGCCUUAUUUUGUGAAAUGCUUUAUCGAUUUCCAAAUAUGGUUGUUGGCAACAUCACUCGAGAUAGCAUUCAUUCAGCUUUAAGCUGUGGAAUUACAGGUGAUCAAAUUAUAAGUUAUUUAAAAACUCAUGCACAUGAACAAAUCUCCCUCAAGAAUCCAGUUCUUCCACCGACUGUCACAGAUCAAAUCCAUCUCUGGGAAAUGGAACGGGAUAGAUUCAGAUUUACCGACGGCGUCCUCUACAAUCAAUUCCUAUCCCAGAGUGACUUUGAACUACUCAGGGAUUAUGCUAAGGAUCUUGGAGUUUUGGUGUGGGACAAGCCAGCCAGACGUGUCAUGGUUGUUGCUCGAAAAGGACAUGAUGAACAUAUUAUCUAUCUAUCUAUCUAUCUAUAUAGUAAUUGA